AUGUCCAUCAAAGUUCUUCUUGUCACCAUUCUCUCUCUUUCUACAAUCACAUGCCCUUCCUCUGCCUCUCUUGUGUUGGUUGUUGACCUGAACGGUGGUGGUAACUUCAGCAGCGUUCAGAGUGCUGUUGAUGCUGUCCCUGAAUCAAGCCCUUCCAAGACUAUCAUCAUCAUCAACUCGGGUGUUUACAGGGAAAAAGUUAGGGUUAGUAAGAAGAAGAUAAACAUUGUUCUGCAAGGCAACGGAUAUGAGAACACUUUCAUUGAAUGGAAUGACACAGCACAAUCCUCAGGAAAAACAAGCAAGAGCUACUCUUUCGGUGUCUUUGCCGAUAACUUCAUUGCUCACAACAUCAGCUUCAAGAACACUGCUCCAGAACCAAAGCCUGGAGUGAUCGGUGCUCAAGCAGUAGCAGUUAGGAUUGAUGGAGACCAAUGUGCUUUCUACGGAUGUGGCUUCUACGGUGCACAAGACACGCUCUUUGAUAACGCAGGAAGACAGUUCUUCAAAAACUGCUUUAUCCAGGGGUCGGUGGAUUUUAUAUAUGGCCGUGGAAGGUCGCUGUACCAGGAUUGUACCAUCAGAUCGAUAGCAAACGAGGUUACCGCAGGGAUUAGCGGAUAUAUUACAGCUCAGGGAAGGGCAUCAGAAGCUGAUCAGUCAGGAUUCUCUUUUGUCAACUGCACGAUAGAUGGAACUGGGAAGGUGUUGCUCGGACGAGCCUGGAGAGCCUACGCCAUGUUCUCAAACACGUACAUGUCCGGAAUCAUCGCUCCAGACGGAUGGAGUGACUGGAGAAACCUGACCUAUGACAAGACAGUGACUUUUGGAGAACACAGAUGCUAUGGAGAAGGAGCCAACUACAAAGCGAGAGUUUCAUACGGGAAACAGCUGACUGAUGCUGAAGCAUCUGCGUUUACGGACAUAACAUACAUUGAUGGAGAUAAGUGGCUGAAUCAAACUGACAUUCUCUCCAAGGUUAUGGUCGAGGAGCAUCUUAGCAGUUCUUACUGAUGUUAUUAUGAUACUAUAUAUUAUAUACUAUAUACU